AUGGAGUACAGAAAGUGCUAUCCUCGUGUUCAGGCCCUCCACGACAAGGUCGCAUCGCUCGUAGAUUCGUAUACUUUGCAAUCAUGCUCACGAGUCCUAGAAGUCACAGAUGAGUUUGACGAAGAGGUCGCUUCUGCGCCACAGCCGCUCUCCCCCGAAAUGGAAGAGCUCACAACCAUCUGUCGCACAUACAAGCUGCUCUAUCAGGGAUUCAUCCGCGACUUGCUGAUGCGAGAGGCGAAGAAGGAGCACGAGAUAUACGAGCGGGCCGUCUCGAGGAAGCUCAAGCGAAGCAAUGAUCAUGUACAGAGACGCCAGGGCAAGGUCUUCGAGGUUGAUCAGGGCGAACAUAUCGAAGCUGCGCUGCAGUCUUUAAGGCUUGAGGAAUUCCUCCAAGAAAAGAUAGCGAGCGGUGAGAAACAUGUGCAUUUCACAAAGUGA